AUGCCCUGCCAGCUCAGCACAUCACCAUCGAGAACCAGAUCGGGCCCCUGUCUUGCCGUGAAGCGACCGGGCGUGCCGCGAGACCCAUUCGCCCGGAUGCCCGACGUCCACUUUCAGGGCGUACAAACGGCUCGGCUGGUUUGUUCAAGCGUCCCGUCCAAGACUCCAGCCACGGUGCGUUUCGCUGGCGGGACGGUGCAUUCGGGCCAGGGUGCAACCCCUGUGUCAAACCUGCAGAUCACAACCCAACUCAACCGAGCUACAGUUCCGACCCUUUCGUUGAAGACCGGCCUCGCACGGGCCCUCUCGGUAGGUGCGUGUGGCUGCGACCAUGCGGCCCCAAUGCAGAUUGUCGACUACAUUCAACUUCAGUCUCGAAUCUGCCGGCUCAAGUCAUGA